AAUAAUAGUAAAUCAGCAAACGAUUUACGUUACAACUUUCCGCUCCUACCGCACUCUGUCGGUGACCGGAGAGACUAACCGAAAUUGCCAUGGCUGCAAAAGCUCACUUACAGUUUGUUUCAAAGACUGUUUUAGUACGAAAUGGUGACAUAGAAGAGGCCAUGAGAUCACUGAACAGGGUGAUGGGGUCCGAAGGGCUGCUGGAUAUCAUCAGGAGAAAUCGAUACUACGAAAAGCCGUGGCAGGAGCGAAAGCGGGUCGCCUAUGAGAAGUGCAAGGCCAUCUACAAUUCCGAAAUGCAGCGCAAAGUCGCCUUCGUCAUGCGAAAGCAUCGGACUAACCCGUGGCCAAACUGACGAUCGCGAUUGCAGUAUUGGCAGUGACACAUCCUAGCAAAGCACACGAAACCUAGUGAGCGCAGAUGUACAUUAGGUCGGCAUUAUCACAGACAGUUCACAUGAAGAUGUAUCUACUGUAAGACCACUCCUGGAAUAACAUGUGCUGCCACUGCCACUCACCCACAUGACAUUGUUAUUUCAUUGCAUUGCAGUUCUGAAGUUCUCUAACCUGUACACACUUCUUGGAUCAGUGUAGAACUGAUACAUAACAGCUUCAAUACUUGGAACCCUUGGCAAGUGUCAACAGGCUAGUCUAAAACCGUAUAGUGUGUCAAGUGUGCUGUAGGCUGUGGCGUGAAAAUUAUAGUUUGUAGUGCUCAAUGACAAUAAAAUACAUUCAUAUUUCAUAUUA